AAUUACCCCGUCUCCCCCCUAUGCUGAGAUAGUCCCGCGUUUGUGUAUCGCUCGCUGUGUUGUGUUGUGUUGAGUUGCUUCACUCUGCUGCCUCGGUCCCGAUCGCGCUCGGUUUUUAGUUCGCAACUUAAGGGCUCAAUUGAGUGCUACUAGGAGCUUGUGCAGCAGGAGUAACCGGCAGCAAUCAUGUCUUGGCAAUCAUACAUUGACGAUCACUUGAUGUACGAGAUUUCUCCUGGCCAUUCGCUGGCAGCUGCUGCCAUCAUUGGCCAUAAUGGAAGUGUUUGGGCUCAGAGCGAGAACUUCCCCCAGUUGAGCCCUGAGGAGGUGGACAAACUUCUGAAUGGAUUUGAGGAGAACAGUCCUCUGGCCCAGAAUGGGCUCUUUCUGGGAGGAUCCAAGUACAUGGUUCUGCAAGGUGACCCAGGCAUUGUCAUUCGCGGAAAGAAGGGUCCUGGAGGUUGCACGAUAAGGAAGACGAACAGCGCAUUUGUUAUUGGGAUAUAUGAUGAACCUUGCACCCCUGGUGAAUGCAACAUUGCCGUGGAGAAGCUUGGUGAAUACCUGUUUGAACAAGGACUUUGAAGUGGUAGUGUUCAGUCUUUUUGGGACAAUAUCUAUUUGACCAGGGUCUGGAAGUAUUGUUAUGGGUAUGAGGUUGUAUUAUUGUCCUCUGAAAUGGGUUAGCAAUGUACGUGAGUUGCCUACAAGCUGUUGCGUGGGUUGGUAGCGCUUCAUCGAGGUCUGAGGUGUCGACUAUGUGCGCGGUACCAGUACUUGAGGAUGACAAAGUGAGGGAAGAGCAUUUGAGCUAUGUUCAGAGGUUUCAGUGAAGAUCAAUGAUGUCUUGCAGCAUUCGUGCGGGCAUGAUUCUCGAGCAUCGUGUGUUGAUGGAAGGGUCUUUUGGCUUUGGGUUUGUUAAAGCGAGGAAGUCGCUUAAUUAGGUGGUGCUGCGUACGCCGUCUCUUAACAUGUUCGUGGUGUUUGGACAGCUGUGAUGGGAGGCGGCGUCUAUGUCUCCGAUCUCGUUAUGCUUGUUUUGGUCCGUGAGUUAGUAUGUGAGGGGUUCUCUGUGCCGUUUACUAUGCGAAGAGUCAUAUUUUAACUCUUCUGUUGUCAUGAUCACCGCAAAAUCAAUGAACAUCCUUCAACUUUGUCAUGUA